UCUAAUAUCAUCAGAGGCAUUCCUACUAAAUGGCCAUAAUUAUGAUAAAACUUACCUUUCUAAAUUGCAUAAUAAUCACAAAACUUAUUUUGCUUGAUAAAUUCCUAAAUCUAUUUAUAAUGUUUGCCCAUUAUACAAAAAUUUCAUUGUGUUCAUAAAUCUCCAAUGUUCUGUAUCGGUAAUUAAAUAAACAACUGACACUAAUAAACUAUCAGAAUUGAUUACAGAAAAUUCGUACUCUAUGCUCCUGAAAACAUGAAGAUGAUAAAUUUCUUUAUUAAUUACAAAAAUACCUCAUCUAUAUUUGAGGUAAAGAACUAUAGCCUCAUAUUCUGAAAACAAAUAUAUUAGAUAUUUGGAAUGAAACUAAUUUUGAUCUUGCUAAAACAGUAGGUAAAGGUAAUAUAGACUCCUUAAGCUUUUUCCAUAACUGAUUGCUUAUCCAGAUAUUCUACUUCACUUAAACCCCGUUUUCUUCUCCUCACCUCUGUCACGCCUCCCUGGUGUGACAUUAAUCAAGCAAGUUUUGCCAAGUGGCUUUAUGGAGAAACCACAUCCUGCGAUAUGUAAUUUUUGGCCUUAGUACAGUUGAUCACAAGGCAUCCUUUACAUUAUUACAGCUGAUUAGGCAUCUACAGAACUGUGUGCAUCCAUAUACCUACGUAUGCAUUUAACUGCUUGUUCACCUUAGAGCAGUGAUCUCAUCAAAUGAAAAAACAAAGUGACUUUCCUUCCUUCUAAAGGGCUCAUUUAACAGUUUCCCUCUGACUCAGUAUCUGAAUAAUGGAGAGAGGCUACAAAGCUGCAUGACCUUGGAAGGAAUGGCAGUUGGUGAUGGGCAGAUUGAAUCUGAACUCAUAUCAUCCUUUCUCAUGAACUGGAAGUCUUCAGUAGAUCAUUAGCCUCAUGUCCCUAAAAGUGACAGCAGAGGAAGCUCACAAGACCAUAAUACAAUUUGAGCUUGAACAGGAUCUGAAAGGAAAAGUACUGAUGUGAAAAGAGGUGAUUUUCAGCUCUGUUUGGGACUCUAGUUCCGGUAUAAGGGCCUCUUCUCUGCAGGCUGGAGCUGCAGAACGCCCCUUGACAACUCCUCAGAGCACCAUUCUAUAGGUGCAGAGCAUAGUCAGCUCCUCCAUGGCUGUUCAAUCCUUCUACCACUUUCCAACUUCGUCCACACUUACUCAGUCUUCUUUUCUCUGUUCCUGCCAGCCUUUGAUCCCUGGGGAGCAGUAAAGAUCUAUACGUCCCUUCCUUUUUUUUAUUGGAUUUUUUUAUUUGCUUCUUAAACGUUAUCCCCUUUCCCGGUUUCAUGUCUCUAAAUCCUUUAACCCAUCCGCCAACCCCUUCUUCCAUGAGGGUAUUCUCCCACCCAUCCACCCACCAUUUCUGCCGCCCCGACCUGACAUUCCCCUGCAAGGGAGAGGGUCGAUCAUUGGCAGAACCAAGGGCUUCCUCCCAUUGGAGCCUAACAAGGUCAUCCUCUGCUACCUAUGCACCUGGGGCCAUGGGUCUGUCCAUGAAUUAUUCUUUGGAUGGUGAUUUAAUCCCUGGGAGCUCUGGUUGGAUGGUAUUGCUCUUCUUAUGGGGUUGCAAACCCCUUCACCACCUUCAAUUCUUUCUCUAAUUCCUCCAAUGGGGACCCUGUUCUCAGUACAAUGGUUGGCUGCUAGCAUCAACCUCUGUAUGUCCUUCCUCAACUUUUUUUAAUAACUUUUGGUGAAAAGUCAAUUUUAUUUGAUAUUAGAAUGGCUAUUCCAGCUUGUUUCUUAGAACCAUUUGCUUGGAAAAUUGUUUUCCAGCCUUUUACUCUAAAAGUAGAGUCUGUCUUUGUCCCUGAGGUAUAUUUCCUGUAUGCAGCAAAAUGCUGGGUCCUGUUUAUGUAUCCAGUUAGCUAGUCUAUGUCUUUUUAUUAGGGAAUUGAGUCAAUUGAUGUUAAGAGAUACUAAGGAAUAGUGAUUGUUGUGUCCUGUUAAUUUUGUUGUUAGAGGUAAAAUUAUGUUUGUGUGACUCUCUUCUUUACAGCUUGUUGCAGGAAGAUUACUUUUUGCUUUUUCUAGGGUGUAGUUUCCCUCCUUGUGUUGGAGUUUAUUGUCCUUUGUAGGACUGGAUUUGUGGAAAGAUAUUGUCUACAUUUGUUUUGUCAUGGAAUAUCUUGGUUUAUCCAUCUACAGUAAUUGAGAAUUUUGCUGAAUAGAAUAUCCUGGGCUGACUACCCAAAGACUAUACAUGGACUGACCUGUAGAGAGCGGCGCGGCGAAACAAAGAUGGCGCCGACAUCCAGCCUUGUCUGGAUAUAAACGACUUACUGCGCAUGUGCAGGCUUGUCCCCUUGCUAGGGCUCCCUCUAGUGGUGAACAGCGGUACUGCACAUGUGCGGUUUAUGCACCAGGUGUUAGUUGACUGUUAAUAUGCUAAUGAGGUGAUUCAUUCUCCGCCAAUCCCUGGAGGACAAGUAGUGGGGUGAUCCAAGCCCCACCAAUCCCUGAGAGAUAAUUAGCAUACUGUUGUCUAUAUAAGCCGAGCGAUUUUGCUGCUCGGAGUCCCUGUUCAAGAGAGCUGUAACACUAAGAGAGCUGUAACACUAAGAAGAGCUGUAACACAGUAAAGGCUUGCUCGCAGAAGAAUCCUGUUGCCGCGCGUCGUUCUUGCUGGCGGGACAUUGGGCGCGCGACAAGUGGUGCCGAGACCCGGGAACCAACAUCGCCGGUGCCAGGGGACCCUUCAGUGUGCUGAAGAGGAUUCAGAACUGCGAGAAGGUAAAUUAAAAGGUAAGCUUCGAGAGGCAUGCCCCUUUUUGGAAGAGAGCAUGUCAGAAACGGAGCAGAGUGAGAAAUUAGGCUUCAAGAGGCAUGCCCCUUUUUGGAUUUAAGAGAGCAUGUCAGAAACGGAGCAGAGGCAGAAACGGAGCAGAGUGAGAAAUUAGGAGCUCAAAUUAGGAGCUCGCAAAAAGAAAAAGGUUACUAAAACAAAAGUGAAAGAGAUACAAAAGGCAGAAGAAAUGCCGCUGGAGGAAAAAAUAAGAGUGCCCCGGAGGACGAAGUACAAGUCAUCCGGAGAGGAUACUUUGUAUCCACUAAAAGAAUUAGAAGCCUUAGAACUGUCUGGCAGUGACUCUGAGCAAGAGUUGUCAGAGUCCGAGGAGGAGGAAUUAGAGGAAGAGGCAGCCAUAUAUGAGGAAGAAAGAUAUGGGCCUAGGUGGAGAGCCACUGUGAAGAAACCUAAAGUUAUGGAUCCUUUGUGGGCAAGGCUGGUAAUUUUGUUUCUUUUUUUCUUUGUGUGGGAUAGAGAAGCCACAGACGGCAAGCUUAAGCCCGGACCAAAACCUCUUUGGCAAAUGGUCCCUGCCUGCUUAGAGGAUAAACAAUGUGAGGAAGCCGUUAGAGCCGUUAGGACAGGUCAGAGGGUCCUUGCAGAGCAACAAAGUAUGUCAGAGGGAGAAAAGGUCUCCAAAGAAAAAAAGAAAAGAAAAGGAGAUAAAAGGAACAGAGAGAAGGCAGAGAUAAAAAAAGAGGAUAAUCAGGACCAGGAAACAAAUAAGAUAUAUUCUUUAAAAGCCUUGACCUUAGAAAUGUCAGACAAUCUAGAAAGCAUCACCGACAGCUUAGAGAAAGUGAAACUAAAGGUAGAACCAUCGGGUCCCGGGCCUCCCGCAGAGCAACAAAAGGAAGCGCAGGACUCGACCUCAGUUCGACCACCAGACUCGUAUUGACCCCUCGAAUGGGAACUCAGGUGGUGGAUACAGAUUUUAAAGGCCCCAGUAAGCAGAAUUCAGAAGGAUCACAGAAACUGAAAGCAUGUGCAAAGAUAAAGAUUUGGGGUAGUGGUAGUGGACAAGGUAAUAAUGGUAAAAUGUUUUUGUGUAUGUGUUCUUUUAGAGUUAUGUUAAAAUCUAGAGAAGCAAAGUCGAUUCUCACAGAUGCUUCUAGUCUUUGGACCCUGACUAGAGACAGUUUACACCCUGGACAAGAGAGAGAAUGGGGUUGAGAAAAACAUUCCUCCCGAACUCUCCACAGAUGCUUUGGCAAAAGAAGGAAAUGAGCUUAAACUUUUUGGAGCUCUCCUGGGAACAGAAGGAGGUGGGAGACGUCUUGCCUCCUUGCUGGCUCCUAUUGGAGAAGUGCUUAUUUCUGGUUCUGGGUUCUUUAGGUAGGAUGUUUGGGUCCUUUUGGUGGAACACCAUCUAGUUCUUUUCCUCUGUGUCUAUUGUCUGUCCUUGGUGCACCAAGCUGUCCAUGUAUGUCAAUUUAUGUCUGGGUUUUGCUUCUCCUUGCUUGAAUGUUUUGUGUUUCAUGUUUAAAAGAAAAGGUUAAAAUUUUAAAUGCUGGUUGAUUCACCCAUUGAUGUAGCUUUAACUCCUUUCAAGAAAGGAACAAAUAAAUAAAAAGUUUCAAUUGGCUUUUGGAGCCUGCAUCUGUAGCUAGAAGCCUAAGUUGGCUGGGCAAGCUCCCCAGGGGGCUGGCUAAAUGUUUACACUAGCCGAUCCUAAAGACACAAGGAGCUUCACAGCUUCUAAGGUAACGGAACUGAUCGCUGUCUCUCUUAGAAAAAUCUUUGACUGUGAUUAUUGGACUCAACAGGUGACAAGGUGUUUCUCUUAAAACUACAGCUAGAAAAAGUAAAAAUGGUGAUUGAUUUAAAUAUUAAAGGUAUGUGUAGCCACUUCAUUUUUGUUUUCUGAUUGGUUUUAAAUGUAUAAAUAUUCUCUACAUGCCUUAGUUAUGGACUAUUGGCUUUUAAGUUAUUGGAUAUGGUUUAAAAAAAUGUAACAUUGAUAACAGAAAGUUGACAUAAAACUGGUAAAAUUUAAAAUAUGCUCAUGUUUCUGUUGAUACCUGUUCCGGUAUUAUACACGCUACUCUGAUGACUGGUGAAAAGGCUUGUAAUGCCAUUAGCCAUUGCUUAGAGGCAUGGGCAGCCUGGGGAAAGCCUGAUAGUCUCAAGACAGACAAUGGGCCUGUCUACACUGCAAAGUUCUUUCAGGCAUUUUGCCAGACAAUGCAGGUCGGUCAUACUACAGGCUUACCAUACAAUCCCCAAGGACAAGGAAUUGUGGAAAGGGUACAUCGUACCUUAAAAGAGCUUAUAAAAAAAAAAAACAAAACAAAAAGAGGGAAUUGCCAGCAGCCGAACACCAAAAGAACAACUUUCUUUAGCUCUAUUUACUCUAAAUUUCUUAAUUUUGGAUGCGCAUGGCCGCUCUGCUGCGGAUCGCCAUGCUGCUACUACACCUAUAACUAAUGCAGAAGUAAAGUGGAAGGAUGUCUUAACUGAUGAAUGGCGUGGCCCAGAUCCCGUGAUUUCGAGAUCUAGGGGAGCGAUUUGUGUUUUUCCGCAGAAUCAAGAAAAUCCAAUUUGGGUACCUGAGUGUUUGACUCGAAAAUUGCCUUCUGCUCUUCCUGAAGAUGAGACUAUGAACCCUACUAUUACUACUGGGAAUGGUAAUACAGGUUAAUUCUCUCACCCUGUGGGCUAUUGCCAGAUCCUGGCCAGUACCCAUGCCAGUUCAUAGCAAUUCUACUGUUUUGAGAAUAAGACUGACAAGCAUAAUCUCUGGUCUUGGUUUCAAUGGGUGCUGUCCAAUGAGCAAGGGGCAUAUACAUCCCUGACCCCCUUUGCUAGGUUGAUGGGAGAGAACUUCGUGCUGUAUAAUGUUUCAGCUACCAGAAAAAGGUGAUACCAGGUUGAUCAAUAUUCAAUAUAAUAACCUCUUGGUAAAUAAUACUGCCACUAGUACUUCAGUAUGUGCUAGAUCACCUUUUUUCUGAUAAGCACUAAUGUAAGCAGUGGUGCUUUAAGUUGUAAUAGCUCUGAUGUAGUCUGCUAUUUAGCUGAAUGCUGGGAUGGCACUAAUGACACCGCAGUGAUGGUUAAGAUUCCCUCCUUUGUGCCAAUCCCAGUGGAGGCAAACCCAGAUAGCUUUCCUAUUCUUAAUUUGCUGAGAGCCAAAAGAGAUUUUGGAAUUACGGCAGCCAUAAUUUCAGCCAUUGUGCUAUCUGCUGCCGCAGCUACCACAGCUGAAAUCGCUAUGACCAAUCAAAUACAGACGGCUGAGACUGUCAAUCAGAUUGUAGAAAGAACUGCAGUGGUGCUAGAGAUACAAGAAGAAUUUAAUACCCAUUUGGCAUCUGGCCUUCUAUUAGCCAAUCAAAGGAUAGAUUUAGUUCAAGAACAAAUUGAAGCACUGUAUCAUAUGACACAGCUGUCUUGUGUUUCCUCCCUUAGAGGUUUAUGCAUUAUUCCUUUGUGAGCUAACUUUUCUCAGAAUUUUCAACAGAGCAAAGAAAUCUCGAAUUAUCUGAAAGGAAACUGGUCCAUGAAAGCAGAGCAACUAUCAAGACAAUUGCUGAUGCAGAUUGCUGUCCUCAACAGCACUAGGCUGGACCCCAUCACAGUUGAAGACUUUACCUCAUGGAUUACCAAUGCUUUCUCCCUUUUCAAGGAGUGGGCGGGCAUGUUUGUCCCGGGGAGCUAUUGUCCUCCUGGGAUGCGGAGUAGGUCUCUGGCUUAUUGGCUGUUUAAAAAGAGAACAUGCCAGACACAAAGUGGUUGUUUACCAGGCUAUGACCACCAUUAAAAAGGGUGCUUCUCCCAACAUGGCUGGCCUCUUUGAAAGAUCAAGAGUUCGCCCUAGAUCAUUUUUGUCACAGUCAUGUGGAGUCAUUGUAUCCAGGGACGGGCAACUUUCCUCGAACUCGGACCAACCUAAGACACGGGGCCCGGUGGCGAUAGGGUAACUCUAUGACGGGUAAGGCCGAGUUUGGAUGAGAACGACCUAAGACAGGAGCAAUGACAAGAUUGACGUGACACCCAGAUCUAGACCAGUCAUUUUAUUAAACAAAAAAGGGGGAGAUGUAGAGAGCGGCGCGGCGAAACAAAGAUGGCGCCGACAUCCAGCCUUGUCUGGAUAUAAACGACUUACUGCGCAUGUGCAGGCUUGUCCCCUUGCUAGGGCUCCCUCUAGUGGUGAACAGCGGUACUGCACAUGUGCGGUUUAUGCACCAGGUAUUAGUUGACUGUUAAUAUGCUAAUGAGGUGAUUCAUUCUCCGCCAAUCCCUGGAGGACAAGUAGUGGGGUGAUCCAAGCCCCACCAAUCCCUGAGAGAUAAUUAGCAUACUGUUGUCUAUAUAAGCCAAGCGAUUUUGCUGCUCGGAGUCCCUGUUCAAGAGAGCUGUAACACUAAGAGAGCUGUAACACUAAGAAGAGCUGUAACACAGUAAAGGCUUGCUCGCAGAAGAAUCCUGUUGCCGCGCGUCGUUCUUGCUGGCGGGACAUUGGGCGCGCGACACUGACCCUGGACUCCAACCUCAUAGGUCACAGGCAGAUGAAAGCCCUCAGCAGUCCUAGCAACUCCAGCACCAUCACUGGCUUCAUCCUCCUGGGCUUCCCCUGCCCCAGGGAAGGGCAAAUCCUCCUCUUUGUGCUUUUCUUCAUUGUCUACCUCCUUACCCUCUUGGGCAACGCUUCCAUCAUCUGUGCUGUGUGCUGUGAUCAGAGACUCCACACCCCCAUGUACCUCCUGCUGGCCAACUUCUCCUUCCUGGAGAUCUGGUAUGUAACCUCCACAGUCCCCAACAUGUUGGCCAACUUCCUGUCUGACACCAAAGUCAUCUCUUUCUCUGGAUGCUUCCUGCAGUUCUAUUUCUUCUUCUCCUUGGGUUCUACAGAGUGCUUUUUCCUGGCAGUCAUGGCAUUUGAUCGUUACCUUGCCAUCUGCAGGCCUCUACAUUAUCCUGCCCUCAUGACUGGACGCCUCUGCAACAUCCUUGUGAUCAGUUGCUGGGUGCUUGGUUUCCUCUGGUUCCCUGUUCCCAUCAUCAUCAUCUCCCAGAUGUCCUUCUGUGGGUCCAGAAUUAUAGACCACUUCCUGUGUGACCCAGGCCCCCUGUUGGCCCUCACUUGUGUGAGAAAUUCUUUACUUGAACUGACUAGUUCUACUUUAAGUUCCCUGCUUUUAUUUGUUCCAUUUUUCUUUAUCAUGGGGUCUUAUGCUCUAGUAAUGAGAGCUGUGCUGAGGGUCCCUUCAGCAGCUGGACGAAGAAAGGCCUUCUCCACUUGUGGGUCACACUUGACUGUGGUUUCUCUUUUCUAUGGAUCAGUGAUGGUCAUGUAUGUGAGCCCAACAUCUGAACACGCAGCUGGAGUGCAGAAGCUUGUGACUCUGUUUUACUCUGUGGUUACACCACUCCUUAAUCCUGUGAUAUACAGUCUGAGGAACAGAGAUAUGAAACAUGCAAUGAAGAAAUUACUGAAAAUAUAAAACUUGCAUUCUUGUUUUUAAAAA